GGGAAAUGAUCCACUAUGGCAGCUGUUUUGUGUCGUGUUCACAGUUGACAUGAAAAGAAUCAGAUAUUUGAAAAGCUGCUGGCAGAAAAUGUGCAUGAUGUGAAUGUCUAGUCACUUUGAAGUAUAGUGACUGACAGCCCAGAUGUCUAACUUUAUCCCCAUGGUAUCAUCUUCGCCCCCUCCUUUAGAAGAUGGAGGAGGAGGGUUCAAUGAAUGGGAUGAUGAAGAUGAUGAAUUUGGGACAUUUGCAACUGCCACAGUUGGAAAUGAUUUCCAGGCCUUCUCUGAUGAGCAGUCUUCAGCUGAUCAGUGGAAUAACAUUCCAGACACACCUCCAAAAAGUGAUUUUGGAAAAUUUGCAGAUUUCAGUAACUUUUCAAGCGACUCAAAGAUAGAAUGUAUGCAAAAUGGCGACAUGAUUCCGGAGGUAGUGAAUAAUAAUACACAAAGUAAUGAUUCCAAAGAAGGUAGUGCAGAUAAUUGCAUUAAACCAGGUGGUAUGAAAUUACCAUUGAAAACAGCGAAUGACUUUGUAAAUAGUGAGAACAUACAAGAAAUUCCAGCAGUACACAGCAAUGAUAGUAAUGAUCAUCUCUCAAAAAUGCACAAAAGUCAGUCUGAUAAUUUAGACAGCAUCAGUAGUGUAAUAUCUGCUGGGGACUCCGGUCUGUGUAGUACCGACAUAUCACCCGUCCCUCAGUCGGACGACAAUGUAGGUCUGGAGGACAAGAGUGAGGAAUCAGACCUAGAUGACUUUGGAGAUUUCCACUCAGAUUCAUCGAUGGGCAGAGAAGUGUUGAAAGGCAGUAUAGAAAAUAUAGACGUUAUAGAGAAACAGGGAGGGAUUGGAGAAAUGGUUAACGCAGAAAAUGUUGAAGAUAAAUGCAAGAGCACAAAUUCUGAUAAUCUGGUGUCAAAUAUGAUGACAGGUAAAAGUGUCAAUGACCAAGAAAUUAGAACUAGUCACUUAAAUGAAGACAAUAUGUGUGAGUCAGAGCAGGGAACGCAUGAUCAGGUAUCUCCUGCCAGUCACUAUGAAAAUACAAAACAGUACACAAGUCUAAGUACCUCAUCUACAGAUACCUCUAAAAAUUACCAUUCCGAAAAAGAGGAAUCCUUACCAUAUACAGAAGACAGAAAGGACUCUAGACCUGGUCAAAGUAAAAAUGAGACACUGACCUCUGAUGGCGACUGUUGUCCAGAUGUGAAUGAGACAAGUCACUUUCCUGACACAAAAGAUGGUAACAGUGAAGCAGAGGAAAAUACGGUAGUGGAUGUGGAUGUGGGUGAGACAUGUCUAGACGUAGAUCCAAACACUAUGGAAGAUACACCAAGUGUUGAAGACCAAGGUAACACAGACAAUUGUGGGGAUAUUGUUUCUGAUAAAGUGAAAGAACAUGGUCAUAAUGACAUUGCUAGUGAGAGUAGUGACCUUAUAAGGACAGGUAGCACUAUUAAGGCAGUGUCAGAUCUCGAGAUAGGUGAAAACCAAGAAUCCAUAGAAGAGAAUUUGAAACAUUCAGACUCCGCAGCAUUUGAUGAAGCUGAUGAGCACAGUGAAACAUUCCGUAAGGUGGGUGACAGUGAAACAGACUGUGGAUUCACUGAACAGUCGCAAGAAAUGAAAGAUUCUGGAUUUGUUUUUACAGACUUAAGCUCUUCAGAAGAAGAAAACUCUGAGAAGAAAGAGGAAGAGACUGAAGCCAAAUUAGAAGAAAACUGUGAUAUUUCUAAGCAAACUGUCGAUAAAAAUGAAGAAUUUGUGAUUGACAAUGAAGAUUUUUGUGAGGAUUCUGUUUCUCCUGGAAGAAAAGAUGAACAGGACACUGAAAAUGACAAUACUAAACCAGAACCUCCUCCAGUUCUGUGUUCUGAUGAUGAGUUUGAUGACUUUGCUGACUUUCAUUCAGUAUCUCAGUUCAGUGUACAGGACCAAAGUUUGACCAAGUCAGGGGAUGAUUCUGUUUCUAAUCGUUCAACACCUAAGGUUGAUGAAAAUAAAUCAGUAGACAAAGACGAUGAGGAUGGUGCAGAAUUUGAUGAUUUUGCAGAUUUUCAUAGCGGUAAACCUACAGAAAAUGACGUGUCUGAAUCAUUACCACAAACAAUUUCAAAUAGCAAUGAAAAGUCUAGUUCGGAUUUUAACUCAGGAAAUUGUAAUGAUGAUGAUGUUGAUGAUGAUUUUGAUAGUUUUGCGGAUUUCAGUUCACAUUUCACUUCUGAAUCCAGUAAAAAUAAUUCAGGUACAAGUACAGUACUAACUGAUGAGGUUAAGUCUGGAUCAGACGGCUUUAAUGCAUUUUCAUCAGCAUCAGCUGCGGAUGGUGAUAAUGAGGAAGAAGAUGAUUGGGCAACAUUCCAAGCGCCACCCACACCAGACCAGGUUGGUGCAGGCAGUAACGAUGACGACUUUGGGGAAUUUGAGGACUUUGAACAUGCUGUAAAACCUAAGGGAUUCUCGACCAGUAGUAGUGCUGGGAACUUUGCUGCAUUCAAAGAACCUGAGCCAGCAGUGACAAAGCCAGUGGUAAAGCAGACUUUCUGUGAAGUGAUCACCUCUUGUUUCCCUGAAUCUGUUGUGAUGGACCAGGAAGGAACUGAUAAUACACCUCUCCUUCUGGACGACUGUUGUCACAGGGAUGCUACUCCAGAUGACAAAUCUGUGACUGGACCACAGAUUUGGGGAAAGUUGAAGUCUCCCAAUAGUACUAUACAACUGUCCAAGCUGUGGUCGGAAUCUCACAGCAACACCAAACUCUUCACUACACUACGCAUCGAUACCCGUAACAUCUUGCUAGGUCAUCGUAAGCCAUCAGUUCCAAUGUAUGCUGCCAAUCUGACCCUGCUGGAGCCUACCAAGGGCCCCACACCUCCGUCCGAGGGCAAACCAGACGCCAAUAAACUGGUGGAUACGUCAAAGGUUGACGACAAGCCAGCCAGUCAGGAUCUCCCGCCUGUACAGUUUGAUUGGAGCAAUAGUGGGCUUACUAACCCCCUGGAAGGCAGUGAUCACGACAUCGCAGCAGAAAUUGCCAACAGUAAAAGCCUUGAAUUGGAUUUUUUAGUUGUCAAAGAAGCAGAAGCAGUGGCGAAGAUGGGAGAUGAAUGGGACUGGGUAUUUGACUCCGAGUUGAUGCACGGCCAGCGGGAUCCGAAGGCAGCCAUGCAGCCCCUGGAGAACAUCCUGGCCAACCUGAAGACCAACUCUACGAUGCGACAAGUACGCCCAGCAGAAAACCUUACCCCGGAGGCAACAAAAGUCAUCACCUCCCUCCCAAACCUCUCCUUCAUGAAGGCAAGGGCUCUGAUGUUCCCGUUCAAACAGAGCUCCGAUGCAGCAUGAACAUGACUUAUUUUUAUGGCUUAGACUUUGAUCAAGGGAGUCGAUGAGCUCCCUUUUCAAAUAGAACUGUGAUGCGACGUGACAUUGACAGCCAUCAACUACCAUUUUAUCGCUGAGUUUGUAAACACACCAGGGUUUUCACAAUGGUACUCAACCGUAUUUGUCCAGUAAUAAGCCCAGGGGACCAGCAAAUAAACUGUCUCAAAGCAGGGGAUCGGCUUAUUGCAGUCAAAAAGAAACUGCAUUUUUAUGAAGUGGACAUUUUUUACAGAACUGCAAUAGAUAUUGAAUUGGCUCAUUUCCUGAUAAAAAUGGUGGUAUCCAGACAGGAUUAGAACAACAGGCUGUACACAAUCUAGAUGUACAUGUAUAAGCCAUACAUAUCCAUACACAAAUGUAGUUCUCGACCAGUUGGCCAAUAUUAAUCAGGACAUGAUCAGAUGUCGGGGAUUGACAAACCUCUCAUCAUCUUACAGCACCUUUUUCUGCAAUCUGUUUCUUACUGGUGGAAGACCAAGAAUGAUACAAUAGUCAGAGAGCUUUGUUCAUUGUUCACAGAUACGAACAACAUGGAAAUAUUUUUACUUUACACAGAAAUGACCACAUUUUUUCAGGCUAAUGUUAUAUUUUGUUAUUCAAUAUGUUGUUAAAGUGAUAUUUUAUAGAUUUUAGCUGUACAUGAUUUGGUCUCUGUGUUACAACCCACAUUGAAUCAUUUACAACAUCGACAGUAACCUCCACUAUUGUGUGUUCGUAUUGUCGAGUGAACAACACUGAUCCGUAAGUGGGUUAUCAAUCGAUUCCUAAUACUGGGACAAUGCCUAGUUCAUUCCUGUUGAUGGUAUCAUGUACUAUAAGAUAAGCAUUUAAUAUGUUCAAAGGUAAAAAGUAGAAAAUUAAAAAUUAGACUCUAAUCAUUAAAUGAUAUAUUCAAUUGUUCCCUUUGACUUCUAUACAGCACAACCAUUUCCUGUAGGAGAAAUUGUUUUAAAGAUGUGUCCAGGACAGACUAUCAGGAUUUAGUGACACAUGAACAAAUUUCUCCUUGAUUUUACAGAGUUGUCUUGAUGGUGAAGACGUGAUUGAGUUCAUGUGGAAAACUUUCUAUACACGUGUUACAUGGAUUAAUUUAGUUUAGAGUAAUUAUAUAAUAUGUGCUAUUUCUGGAGUUUAUAAAGGGAGAUAACUUUGUACUAGUCAGUGUGGACAUCUAGUUAAAAUUUUGUGUUAUGGUGACAGUAUUUGUAGUCAGCUAUAAAAUCAUGCUGUGAGAUUAUUGGUGUUGUAUGUAGUACAUUGUGCUUAUAUUAGUUGAGAGCCCACACAAAGCUUCUGGUGAAUCAGCAGGGGGAGGGUCACAGCUUGCAGCUAGUUCUACUGUACAAACAAUAGAAUAAGAGUCCUAGUAAACAUGGAAACAUUUGCAUCUUUUGUCAUCAUGCUGGGGAAGAUCAAUUAUGUUGGGAAAGGUUGGCACACUAGAUCUCGUUAACAUUUGUGAAAUUAUAUAGUCAGAGACCAUGCACACUAAAAUGGCAUCUCGGGAUUAACAUAAAGUGCUAUACAGAUACUAUUUUGAAAGGGUAACUGUAAGAAUGAGGUAACUUAACAAUACUAGUAAGAAUGUGGUAACUUCAAUAUGCCAGUUUGAAUGGGGUAAAAUAAUGUACCAGUAAGAAUGUGGUAAGGAAUUCGAAGGGUACAACCUGCCAAAUGACAAACCCACCAGGUUUGCCUGGGUUUCGUGGGCAAAUGAAAAAAUAAUGUACCUCCGACUUCUAUCCUUUUGUAUUUAAUUAGUUAUGAAUGCCAGACAACUGUGAUUUAUCACACUUACUUAAGCCAUUAAUUAUGACUGUGAUGCAUUCCUGUUUUCAGUGUGAUGGUAUGUAAGUGUUCUGCUCAAUCUUUCAUCAUUUUUUUUUUUUUUUUUUUUGUAGAUUUGUUCUCCUUUUGUCUUACACAGCAUAACCUGUCUAAACUGACCAGUGUAAGCCACUCUACAUACUUUUGGUAUUUGGUUCCCUCUCAAAACUGACCAGUCCAAUCUGUAUGUGGUCCAGUUACAUUUCUUCUCUACAAUUGACUCAAUAGUUUAUGAUUUAUAUUUCCUAGGUUUCCUAUGUUAGCACAAUUGUGUUUUAUGCUCUCUAUAACAUUGAAAAUGGAUAUUUUUUUCUGUUCUUGGAACUUAUUUAACAGUUCUGUUCAAUAAUUAAACAUAUAGACAUGAAAAAUAUCAGUGUCCAAUGAGAGCUAUUCAUUACCAUUUGAAAUAGUGUACUCUGGUUGCAUUGUGCGAGUCCAUGAGAUUCCUGUAGAUCACUAUAGUAAAUGGCACCCAAGAUAUAAGUUUUAUAGAAAAAAGUUUCUUGUUAGGAAAAUUGUGGUGAUUGUUUAGCUAUUCAGACACCUACAACAUAUGAUUAUAAUAAUAGUCAAACCAUGUACAGCUGUGCUUUAUUGUAAUCAUAUCUAUCAAUGGAAGGUAUGAUCAGCUGACGGGACAGAACAAUUUAAAAUGUAAGCAGCAUAAUGUAUGUUACAAAGAAUAUUAAAAGUGAAAUAAGUAAGUACCAGGUAAGAUGUAUAUUUUUACAAAUAUGAUCUUCAUAAAUGAACUAUCAUAAACUUAAGUCAUUGACUAUCAUAGCAGUAUUCUUUAUCCUGAGCUCGUGAACUGCAUACCAAGUAUUUUGUGUAUGAAUCGGUGCUGUCAUUUCUUCCUAAUCCUAAAUAACUCUUGAACCUUUGUGGAAAUAGUAUUGACCAUUUCAACCUUUUGACAUUUUUCAGAAACAUGCAGAAGUUAAAUACAUCAACCAGUAUUUGGUACAUGUAUACAUGUGUAUUGUUUGAUAUAUUUACUAAUAUCAACAUCCUACACCUUCCCUUGUUACCACAGACACCCAAGAUUGGAAAUUUAAGAUUUAAGAUAAUGACAUCAUUGGUCUGUACUUAAAGCUGUGUAGAUUAUUCUGUGUCAGGGGUUCAGAUCGGAGUAUAUUCUUGUUUGUCUGGUUAUAAUAGAGAUUUAUGUUGUAAAUGUGUAAAAAAUGUUGUACCAGAUAUUUCCACAUGUAGACAAGAGUUGAUCAUGUUCAUUUUUCUGCGAAACAUAUUUUAUAACAAAUAUAUCUAUUGUAAAUUUAGCAUUUAUUAUGAAUUUGUAGUAUCUGCAAUGAUAUAUUGUAAAGUUCAUUAUUCACAGUAAAUGUUAAACAUGUUUUACUGUCAUUUUUCGACCAACAUGUCACAUAUUAUUUCAUCUCGUACAUGUUAACUAAUUUAUUUCACAAGUGUGUGAAAAUUUGAAAGCAACAUAUCCUGAAUCUGUCAAAAUCUCAUUUAAAAUGACAUCUGUGAAUAGCAGGAGUCAAGUCAUAUCAGCAUUAUUACAUGACAAUUAAAUUUCCAUUCAUUGGUGAUUCUGUAUUUGUUGAUUUCAAAUUAUUUAUUCAAAUGUAAAUACAUGUAAGUAAAUGAAUGUAUAGAAUUUUCUACACGAUCUAAUUUAACUUAAUUUAUUUUCCUGCUGCUUUUUUACAGCACUAUGAAGUACUGGUCCAAUAAAAGAUUUCUCGCUAAUAACUUGUAUAUAUAACCUCCCAAGAAUACAAACUUAUACAAGAACACUGUUAUACCACUGCAACGAAUUUGGGAGGGGAUUAUACUGGAACAUCAUUGCUGUGACAGAAUAUUAUCCCAACACAUUGCUGUUUGCCUUCAACCAAACUUUUUGUAACUUGACAUCAGAAAAUAUUAUUUCGUUAUCUACUUCUUUUUCAUGAUUUUGUAAUUUAUGUGUUUCUUUUUCUGGUACAUGUUAUGAAUGAUUAAUAUUUUGAGUAGUUGUGCAUUAUGUUUAAGUUUACAUUUGUUUUAAUUGCGUCUCUACUGAAUUUCUAAAACAAUAUUUAUGAAACUUUAUUGUUAUGAUCAGUACCUUGGGUAAUUGUUCAAUUACCGUCAAUUUUACUUUAAAACUUUUUACAAGAGUAAUUUCCCUUUUCUGAUUUGUUUAGUUGGGAAUAUGGGUGUUACAUGUAGUUAGCUAAUGACUUGCAGUUCUACUUACAAAUAGGAAACAAUUUAUAACUUUUUAUGUGAUUUUCAUGAUUUCAAAGCAUUCCCUCCAGCUUUUUUCCAUCACAAUUGGUUUUGUGUUUUCUGUGUAUGAAAUGGUCAAAUGUGCUUGAGUGGGGUGAAGUAUCAAUACACCAAAUAGACAUAUUUGGUCGAAACUUUAUUGUGUUGAAAUGUUCACAAUAAUCGGAGUAAAUUUCCAUUUUUUUUCUCAUUGUGAUAAGACUCUGGUAUUGGUUUAGUUGAGGUGUUACUCUUCAGUUGAACAAGUAUAUAUAUAUAUAAUGUAAAAGUGCAAUGGAUUAUUGAAAAUGCAGACAAAUUUGUCCUAAAACACAUUGUAAAUAUUACAUAAUUAUGUCAAAAUAAUUGUAAAAGUACAGUCUGUUUAUUUGAAUGUCCUGAUACAUAAAGGAAAUCACCUUCUA